GUCGUAAUUAUAUACUCCUUUUUCCUUUCACUUGAUAAAAAUAAUUAAUUUACUUUUAGAUCUGUUUAUUAUAUUCAUAAAUACAAGACAAUGACGUCUAGCAUUGUUUCACAGAUAGAAGAUAUAGAGAAACAGUUAGCGAGCUGUGAAGAUAGACUUGAUAGUAUUGAAAGAAGUCUAAGACUCAGGGCUAUGUCGAGCCAGGAAAGAGAAGACCUUCAGGAAGAAGAGAAGAAGCUAAAAGAUAAAGUUGUAGAACACCAAAAGCAGCUCAAAUCAUUAAGAAGUGAAAACAGAAAAAGCAUGCUGAUAUCAGUAGUUGUACUUUUCUUGGUUUAUCUUGCUUAUACUCUAAUCUGGUCAAAAUAGGUAGUAUUACUUUCUUUUAAUUAUAUUUUAGCCAAGGAGCUGAGAAAUGGCCUGUAUUUUUGCAUCGAAGAAACAAUGUCCRGCUUUCUACAAAUGAUGCUCGUAAUUAAUAUAAUCUUUGAAUUUCACUUUUUUUCGCUAUUUCGGCUCAUGAAGUCAGAAGAUAAUGCUAUGAAAGGAAAAAUUAAGAGGGGGAUCAAUAAUGAAAUUAAUUUUAAUUUACAAGGAAUAAGAAAGGAAUGAAAAGUAACGAAAACAUCACGAUUACGAUAGAAAAAUACAAAAAUUAUUCAGAACGUGAAUUUYAUCAAGCAGCUUAUAUAUUUUUAUUGCUGUUAUUAUCAAAUAUACUAGGAUUUUCAUAAAUUAUACAGUUCUAGAAACUAUCCAUGCAUCCCUUACAGAGGUAGGUGUUUGAUUCCAUUACCCUUAAAAAAUUCUAAUACCCUACCUUUGGGAUGGUGGAAUAUUUUCUAGAACUAUGUCACUGUUAAAAGCAAGCACACAUUACAAACUAUAUGUUGAACCAGAGCUUUAUCUUAUAAUCAACCAUAGUGGAACCCUACUCUACGGCUUAAUGCAUGUGCUUAAUACAGCCACCCAGUUAUUACGAAGAUCCUUUUAAGUCCCAAACAAACACCCAUGCAUACACUUUCUAUUUAAUUAUACAGCUUCUCAUUAAUCCCAUAUAGGUAACUGUCCAAUUAUUUUCUUAAUUGGACAGGUCUUGUUGAUAUGGGAUUAAUUAGGCAGCUAUAUAAUUAAUAGGUAAUGGGAUUUCAUG